CCCUCUUUACUGCACAAGUGGCCGAAGCGCCCUUGGGCCUGCCAAAAGCGAACACUUGGAAUGAGAAUGCAGAGCAGGUGUGUUGCUGCAUUGAUCUGCCUCAUACCACUACACAGAGCUUACAGUGGGACGGUCGAAGAAGUCUGUCAGGCCGAGGCAUGCGAUGACGGUGCCCUGAACCUGGCUCAGGUGCGUGGCACGAAGCGGAGAGCACUGGUUCAGGAGCAGCCCAACUGCCCGUCUGAUAGCCGCAUGCAGAUUCGAUGGAUGCCAGAUCCAACACUCUGCUUGUCUAGCGAUGCCAACCGAAUUGGUGAUGGCGUGAGCCUGAUGCUUCGCCCAUGCGAUGAGUCGUGGUCAAGCCCUGGGCAGCUUUUCAAACAGAACUUGCUGAACAAGGACUUCGAUGAGCGUAUCCGUAUGUCAGUCGACACAGGCUUUUGCGUCGUUGUCAGCGACGACAAGUUUGAAGAUGGGGCAGAGAUUUUGCUGAGACCGUGUGACAAGGACAACUCCAACCAGAACUGGGUUAUGUGGAGUAGUUUUGGAGGUGGUUGCACUGGAAUGCUGUCUGUGGCAACCACGAAGCCGAAACCGUUUUGCCUGGCUGUACAUGACAAUGACGGCCACGAUGGUGCGAAGGUGGAGCUCUGGACAUGUGACGGCAACGAAAGUGCCAAGACUUGGACUCCGUGGACGCGGGAAGUGUCCUAG